UAUAGUAAUCGCAAUAAUUGUUUUCCCUGAGGUUGGUAAUAUAUAAGGUGAAUAGGUGACGGCUCCGAAGCACAUUAAUAAGCUUCAUUCCGCAUCAUUUUAUUAUUUGACCAAAAAGACUCAUAUUACAUACUGUUCGUGUGAACUUUCACCAAAAUAACAAGCUUAACCUGGAAGAUUUUAUCAACAAGCGUUUCUUUCAUUGUUAAAAACAGACAAAAACGCAAGCAUGUCAACAUCGACUAAUCCUACAUCUACAUCUACACCUUCAUCGGGGACAUCCUCUAUGCCACCUGUACCAGAACUUCCGGCACCUCGGUUGACCUUCGGUGUUGAAUUUGAGUUCUUGGUUCCAUGGCUGAAACCUGGCGACUCGGAUCCCCUUGAGGCUCAGGGUGUCAAAGGUGUAGCGCCUGUAAUGAGGAUAGGAGGCAAGAAAAGGAAAGGUAAGAAAAGAAGUGCCAACAUCGCCCCGGACAAAGUAAUCCGAGAUACAAUAUUAGACCUCUUGCAGAAGCACGGUGUUCAGGCCGCCGUUCAAACCUGGAAGGUUGAUGCGAAUGGUGCCAAGAAGGUUCUCGACCCAUAUACUAAGUGGACAGUCGAGGAAGAUGUCAGUCUUUCGCAACUGGAGGAACUGGGUUGGUGUUGAACUUAGGAGCCCGGCCGUGACCGCAGUCCCCGUUGCUUUUAAAGCUAUCGAUUAUGUGCGACAACUUAUAACGAGUACCAUAAGAGUACGUGUCAACCAUUCCUGUGGUUUACAUGUGCACGUAGGUAUGGCAGGUGAGAGAUUUCCUCUCGGAGCUAUGAAGCGCAUAGUUUCGCUGGCUUGGGCGGCUGAACAUUUACUGUAUGCCCUCCAUCAUCCUUGGCGAAGAGCCAAUGCGAGUGCUCCAUCACUUCGUCAUAUGAGUAAUCUAGCACUGGUGAAUGCGGGUGAGAAGGCCCAGGACCAUCUACGCAAGUUUGCGCAUUGUACAAAGGAGAUCGACGAGUAUAUUGCUAGCGAUGUUAGGCAUGGGGAGGAACCCAUAUCGUGGCGGGAAGCUAACCGAGACGAGAAAUACGUCCAAGGUUUCGCACAAACAAGACAGGCUGGACAUUACGAACCUUUUUGGGGCGAUCUCACGCCGAUUCCUCCAGAACCCAAAGGAAAGAACGACAUGAAUCCCAAAGACGAACUCAUCGCCAGGGUUGUAGAAAGCAUGCGCCGCAUGAAAUUCGCCCAGCCACAAAAUAAGGCUGAGGAGGACCGGAGUCGGGAACGAAAAAUCCCAAGAAUUCUGACUCCUCGUUACACUUAUGAAGAACUCGAAGCUAUGUCCAAGGCGCUAGAUGCGAUGUUUAUAUCUCGUAAUUACUUCGACAAAGAGAACCGUGAAUAUUUUGAGGAUCCGGGCGUCUUCGAAGGGGUGGGUCCCAUCUUCGGAUCAUCUAGUAGCUGUCGAAUUGCGUCCCUUGUGGAUCCCGGCGAUCGUGGAUAUAUCAGUACUGCAGCAUAUUCUUGUGCUGAUUUUCGGUACAAGAAUAGCAAGCGUACGAUAGAAUUCAGGGGCUCGGAAGGUACCCUCAGUCCUUGGGCUGUUGAUUGGGCUAAGAUCUGUGUUGGUUUUGUCAGAUUUGCUAUGCACGCGCCUCUCGUAGAUUAUAUGGAGGUACUAGAAAAAUGUGCCAUGUCAACGAAGGAGGAUGGGAUAUACGAUGUUAUCGAUUUGAUUGAUGACCUCGGUCUUCCAGCUCAGGCUCAGGCUGCCGAGAAGAGGAUAGAAGAGCGUAAGGAGGCUUGGAAACUUCAAUUUGCAAAGUCCGAGAAACCUACGGAGUGAGGGUAAUUGUUGUAUACCCAUUGGUGUUCUCAAGUACCUGGUUAGUUUAGCAUAAUAAAUCAGUAUCUCCUAAAUCCGAAUUUAAUAUCGAUGCAUUGACGUGAAAAGUAGGUGAAGAUAAUUGUACUCUCGUUUUCCUCGUUUUUGGGCCCAACAUCAUGAAUGGUGAAUUUUAUUCCGUUUCGGUCGCUUUUUGGCCAUAAAUAACCCGAAGACAUUUCAUAUUCCGGGCAUUCUCAUCGAAAGAUUUGAAGGGACUGAGGCCCGUGUAAUCUCCGCUAUCAGUGCAUGAAACGGAAUAGGUAUAAGUCCUAGCGAUCGGACUAUAAAGUUCUUACAGCAACUAGAAAAUCGGAUGAAUCUUAACUGCUUAUUUUCUGACCCAACAUGUAGAUCUCCUUGAAUCCACUAUCGGUCUAACUUAUGUAAAGUAUCCUGGUUGACGAUGUGGAUUGUAAAG